UUGACAAUCAUCAUUGUAUAUUCUUCUUUUUCUUUUUGAUUUUCGCUACCAUUUUAACUUUUUAAUUUUUUGUGAGGGCUACUUCCAAUAACUGAUUCAAAAACCGGGUUGGUUCCAAAAUUUCCUAAAGUUAACAGCAUAUCCCACAUGACCCCUUCCAGACUUUACUUAGGUAAGUUUGAAAGACUUGACCUGGUGUGCCAAGAAUUUUCCUUUAUCUCCUUUUUCACAAUGACAUCAUCUGCAAAAGCAGUUUGAUAAUACCAUUACAAUCUACAGCAGACAUCAACAGAUAUUGUGACUGUCAAAUCCAUAAAGAAGGUGAAUACAAUUCCAAAUAGUUGACAUUGUUAUUGUCAUGAACUCUGGACUGCUACCAAAGUAAUCUCUUGGGUUGGGCUAUUUUCCUGGGUGAAUAUUAAAGUGUUCUGCAGCCAUUUUAUGUGGGUUAUUUUUGUAGUUUUGAAAUGCCUCCUUUUUCAUACUGCCAACCAAAUAUGUUUUGUUGGGUAGAUUUUAAAAAGGUUCUGCAGCCAGAUCUGUAUUCUGCAGGCAACAUUUCCAAGCAAUCACCUUCGAUUGUUUACUGACUCUGUGUUACCUAUACUCACAGCUCUUUCUGCUAUUGAGUGACAAUGGAUAGCAGUGGGUUCUGGGCACGGGAUGCAAGGAAGAAUACAACAAACUUACAACAAAGAAAUCUGUUAAACAACAGAGAAAAAAUCUCAUUUGUGUUUGGUCGAUCUUUGUCAAAAAAAGUGUCUCGUGCAAAUUUUGUAAGAAAGAAAAAUAUUUUGUGAAAUAUUUUGUAAAAGGAGACAGAAAAAUAUUACAGAUAACUCUGUACCAUAGUAAAACAAUCACAAGAAAAAUGAAAAUAAAUAUUUUAUUGCCCUUUAUUUAAACAAUAACUUUAAUACAGAAUUUGUAAAAAUCUUUAAAUUAAACUCAACUGUAUUUUUGUUUAUUUUGUACAGUAGAAUGUUGUAUAUACUGGAUAAAUAUUUAAUUGAGAUUAAAUUAUAGUAAUUUAUAAAAAUAUUUAUAACUAACUUGUUGAAAAGAAAGAUACUAUUGUAUAGGCAGACUACUAUUGUAAGUUAUAGCAUUAUGUUUGACAGACAGUUUCCUGAGAACCAGAAACUCUGGGCAGAUGGAAUUAUAUUUGGAAAGUGUAUUGUAAAUGUGUAGCUAGUGUUCUGAUAAGAGAUGAAACUGCUAUUGUAAAUAACUUGGCAACGUUGUUCUCACAUUAUUUAUUCAAUGGUGAAAAAUGGACCUUCCAUCCUUAAAUUCUACUGUACAUAGGUUUCUCUCAACCAUUUAAGAUGCAACCAAAAAGGUUCCACAAAAGUCAGUGCUCAGGCAGAAAGCAAGAACACUAAUUAAUUUGCAAAAUUUUGUACAAUUAAAAACAUGCAUCUUGUUAUCUGCAAUUUGUAUGGGUAAUCACAUGAUUACAAGUGCAAUUUGGAAUAAUUAAGCACUAGUGAAUUUCUUAAAGGCUAACAAAGUUGCAUGAGCCUUGGCCAAUUUACAAAUAGUAUUUGAAAAAUUUACUAGUGCUUAUUUAUUCCAAAUUGCAAGAGAAUAAUCAUAUGAUUAUUUGUUAAUAAUGCACUUGAAACAAGAUUGUCUACACAUUGUUUCCUCAGUCAGGCAAUGUGCAUGGUGUUCUCAUACCUUCGAACAUUUCUGAAAAUAUUUGCAAAACUUCCAAAAAUGUUUGAAAGUCUUCAGCAAGCUUCAGAUGAUCUUCAGCACUCUUCAGAAAUCAUCGCAACUCUUCGCCAAUCUUCGGAGAUCUUUGGAAGGGUUAAGGUGAUUGUGAGAGAUGUUUGGGUGAUAUUUGUUGACGUUCAGAAGGGUUCAGGUAAUCCUAGGAAGUGCUCAGAGAGCAGCUAAUUGUCUUUGUCUAUCUUCGGAAGGCCUCUGGUGAACUUUGACCACCUUCGAAAAACGUAGGAUGAGCAUCGGUAGUCUUAGAGUGUCUCUGUAUUAACUUCGGAUAUCUUCAUUGUAAUUUGCACUCUUGUUUCAAAUUUGGACUGGUGUUACAUGAAAACUGCACCCCUUUUUAGCCAAUCAGAAUCGAGCAAUUUCUUCAAGUGCAUUAUUAAAUUUGCAAUGCACCAAGGUGUGAUUCAUACAUGUGCAUGAAAAUUGCAUGUAGGGAUGUAAGAGGUGUUGCUGUAAGCACAUGCAAUUCACAGUCCUUGCAAUGUUAUAUAAAUGCAAAAGAAUGACAGCUUCAGUACUUGCAGGGUAAAAAUCCAGCAACCUUUCUUAAUCUGUGGCAGAUGGCAACCUGUGGGUUGGUUUUCUUUGCAGUUUCACCUGGCCUCAUAUCAGUGGCAGUACAAUACAUGUUCCAAAAAUAAUUCCAGUGGCUUGUAGAUUUUCUGGUUUUUACUACUGUACAUGUAUGUAACAGGAAUAUUAUACAUGAGUGUAUUAAGCUUCACAGCACGCUUUACCCUAUAUGGUAAUCUGCCUUCCUUGCAAAGAGAGUAAUCUUGUAAGAUUUGGGGCUUGUUUCUGGUUGUAAAUUAAUGUGUAUUCAUGUAGUCUACUGUGGAAAUAAAUAUUCUGCCAUUACCAGUGUGAUACUAACAGUUUGAUGACUUAACCAUACCACGACUGUGUACUUUGAGAACAAUUAGCGUGACAAUGUGUGUGUUUCUUCGGUGGCCAUGGAUGUUAGGACAAACUCUGCUUUUUGACCGUUGCCAAAUGUUUUAGGAUCUCUUUGAUAAGUUGUGUCAGAUCUUACACAUUUCAUCACACGUUGAGGCAAUCAAAUUUAUCUUCUGGACUGUCUUUUUCGUGGGAUUCAUUUUUUAUCUCAUAUUCAUUAAUUUCUUUGUGGAACAAAGAUGUGAUCAGGAACGUUUCGUGACCGUAACAUGUAAAGUAAAGCACACCAGUUCACAAUUUAAGUUUUUUUGAGAUCAUAAAAAUAUCAGUGCAUUUACUCCCAGAAGAAGAUUCCUUGCGAAGCCCUCUUUUGAGAAAUUAUUUUGCAACAUAGCUAGGGUGUGUUUGACAAGAACUGAGUUCAUUAUCAAUCUCAAUUGCUCCACUUUAAAGUAGCCAUAUUGUCUACAGAUUUGGUUUGCUGUAACGAGGAUUUGUUUUAGAUUAUCUAUAACUAUACAUUUUUGCACUUACCAAAAGGCUUGACAGCCGUUACAUUUUGGGUUACUGACCAGUAAACGAUAUCUUGAUUGCAAAGAUUUCAACAUGGAAGAUACUGUCAUUGAAUAAUUUCACCAUCUCUUGUAUGGGUGUACAAGUACCUGUUGAAUGUCUAAAAUACAGACCUUUUUCAGUCAACUUUGUCAGUGCUUUUGACAACUACAAGAACAGGACUUUUGUUACAAGUGUGUUAUAAUAUAAAUCUACCAAGUGUACAAUGUAAUUGGGUAUUUCAAAGAAAGCAGUUAUUUGCCAGAGUGCUUGGUCCUUUCUAUACAAGUGAGUAUUGCUAUUGUGUUGGAUACCAUGAAUGGUGCGUUAGUUUUUACAUUGCCAUGUAAACAAAAAAUAUAUAUUUCAAGUAUGUUUGGCUCAACUCGUGUGACAUUUAAUAAUUCAAGGUAGGUAGGCAUUCCUCGAGAAAGAGGUCAAUUCAGGCAGAUUUUUUGCAGCUCACAUACACAAACUGGGAAACGCACAAAAUCAAAGUCACCAAUUUUGGAGCAUGUAAUAGAUUGAGAUAUCUGCCCAUGACCAUUAUUCCACAAAUUACUGGCUACUGGUAAUUGUGUUUUAUAAUUGACUUUUUGACUUACUUCUUUUCAUUUCUCAGCUUUGCAAUGAUCGAGCUUGGUUCUGACACUUCAGUUCAACUUGUCACAGAAAAAUUACCAAAAAUGGAGGUUCAUGGACAAUAUCCAGUUGUAACACCAGCAACUAAACAGUACUUACAGCAGUUUGAAGCUCAGUCGAGGAAAAAUAAUCCUGGCACUAUGGGAGGUUCACAUGCAGAGCAAGAUGGCCCAGGAUUUCAACAAGGCGGCAGAGGGUUUGGUUACAACCGUGGAGGUUUCAGAGGGCGUGGUGGAUUCCCUGUGCGCCCAGGAAUGGGACGAGGGUUUGAGCAUGGACCACCUCCAGGAGAGAUCCAUGGACAUGGGCGUGGAGGGCCCUGGAUGGGACCAGGCCAUAUGGGAAUCCCAAGACAUCCUGCUCCUGGAAUGCCACCUUUCCAUGGUGAACAUCCUCCUGCGUACUACCCAAUGGCACUCCCUCCCCCUGGGGAGAAGCCGCUUGGUCCAAUACCACCUCAGGCACCACCGCAACCCCCGCCACCUGGAGCUGGUUCUAUGCCAGAUCACAGAGGACCAGGCAUGGUUCCACCAUUCCCCAAGGCUCCUGUUGCACCGCAUGUGAACCCAGCAUUUUUUCCAGAAGGGCCACCACCAGAGACAUUCCUUGCAGCUGGGGGUGCUGGCGUAAGUCGUCAAAUGGACAUGAUGGCACAGUUUAUGCCGAGACCAGGUGAUGAUUUCAACGAGUCCAUGAAGAGAAAUCAGAUGCUUGCUAGCAGCGCCAUCAAACGAGCUAUGUCGGAUGCCAAUGCUGGCGACUACGAGAGUGGAAUUGAAACAUUGGUUGGAGCAAUAUCGCUUAUUAAACAGUCACCAACAGCUGCGGAAGAACGAUGCCAGGUGCUUGUUCAGUCGUUACAAGAUUGUCUUCAAGGACUGGAGUUACAGCUGCUAGAAAGAAGGUCGACGGGGAGUAAACAUCAUUUCAGCGACAAGGAUGACUACGAAGGCGAGCCGAGAGAAAAACGACACAGACGAAGACGGUCGCGGUCAAGAUCGCGUGACAGGAGCCGCAGGUCAAGAUCACGCGAGAAGCGCUCGAGAUCACGUGACCGAGAUCGUCACCGCCGAAGAUGAAAAGCCCCGUGUGAAGAAUGUUUUUUUAAGUCGUCUGAUGCUGUGGUCGAAACUACACUUUGUAACCCCAUGCUGUAUUCAGUCGUGUAAAUUCUGCUCCCUUGUAAGAUAGUGUAGUCUCUGAUCUUCGCCGGCGUUAUAUAGAUUGUCACGCAACGCUCCUCGCCACAAGCAAUGAUUGGGGAUAAACGUGGCGUGGCAACUCAUGCGAUGGCUGCGAAGGAGAUCGAAUGAUUCUCUGCCUUCUUUACGGCGCUCGUCUCGUUCACAAGCUGCCAAACUAGUGUUGUUUGACUGUUUUCCUUUUUGCUCCAUUUCCGAAGUGGUUAUAGCCUUUCGGAUAGUUGCUAGGAAUUUUUUGCUAACCUCUAGAGUCGUAAAUCACUUUUAAGAAACCCUUCAACGUGUCUCUAUUUCUCUGUUUAUAUACUAUUGGUUUGUGCACGAACUCUCCUUUUUUUUACCAGCCUUAUUUGAGGUUAAUAAAGAAAUGUAACUGAUAAA